AUGAAAGGGAAUCCGCCGUCAUCCAUCUCUCGCGUUCUUGAAUUAUCCAACUUUCUGUACGCAGUCCAAAACAAAAAAGUUGCUACGACGAAGAACACAGUCAAUCUAUUUUUAGAGAGCCAAGGGAUUUCAAAGACAAUCAACUUCCAAAGCACCGGGUUCUUUUAUGGGCGACGUGUAGUCAACUCCAAGUUUGGAGCAAAUCUUACGAACACGGAAGAGUUAGAGAGGUUACUCCAAGACCAAUUUGAGAAGGUCCCUGUCGAGUAUAUCUUUAUGUUAGAGGAGUAUGGGUAUCAAAAGUAUCGAGACACGAAGAUUAGUGUAGUUCUGAGGAGUUCGAUAGUGUCCUACGCGGAGAAUUUUGAAUUAGGAAGGGAGUCGAAACUGUCGAAUCGAGUGUACAUCUGCAACGUGAACGGUGACCGAUUGCCCGUGUUGAAAGCACACCACGAAGAGUACUACACGAUGACUGAAUUAACGAAUUGGUGGGAUACUGUUAUCAUUCCCGAAAUAUCAAAGAUGUGUGAAGCAAAGAAAUAUUAUGGGUCGGUCGUCUUCUUAAUGGAUGGGUUCUAUUCAGAAGCGUUCUUAGGACAUGAGACGAGUCUUGAGAAUAACACACUUGAAAUCAUUUAUAUGUCCCAUGACGAGUCGAAGAAAUUCAAUCCACUUACAGUAGCAUUGAAUGAGUUUGAAAUGCCUUUCGAAACUAUCGGGAAAGGCGUGAUGGAACAAAUUUGCUCGAAAUUGGGGUUUACAGAUCGCCUUGAAAAGACGACAUCAGAGAAGACAAAAGAACUGAUUGAGAAGGUUCAAAAGACGUCUUCUGUAUUGGGGACCUCCCAUUCUUUAUUAAAAAAGAAGUCAACUAAAAAAUCGAAGAAGACAAACAACACUAAAAGUCUAAACUAUGAAACUGAAAGAGUGAACUGCGAAGAAGAAUGUUAUUUAGAACCACCUGUACAUGAUGGUGGAUCUGCAAGUUUACUAGAAAAUAGUGAGACAUUGUGCAAAACACAUUCAAAACCAAAAUCGGUGUUUCUUGAGAAUUUUGAUGAGAGUUAUUUGGAUACACUUCCUCCAACCAACGAAUUGUUAUAUUCAUAUUACAUUGGAUUGAAUGGGGAGAUGCGUCGAUUAUACCGAUUUUAUAAAAAGAAUUAUGGCGAACAGGAACGCCUUCGCAAUUUUCGGUGUGCGAGUCCGCAAUUAGUGAAAGAUGUGAAAGUGUUGAGGGGGAGUGAGGCAUUCAAAGAGAUUGGCAAUUACUUUGAGCAAUUUGUAUAUAUGUGGUUGAACUUCAAACAGAAGGAAGAUGCGUUGAGUGAUUUAUAUGGGAAUCGGAUAGGGUUUGUGAAAGAUUCGUUUCUUUUUAAAAGUAGUGUGAAGACUUUGGACACAAAGAAAGAAUUGAAACGUGAGGAAUCCAAGCAUGGAGUCUUUUCGAUCUCGCAGAUCACAACGAUAUUAUACAAGUUUGGCAUAUUCUCAUUAAUUCCAGAGGAGUUGAAGUUUUUAGGGAUCCACCGAGUGGUGGCGCCGACUUUAGUUUAUCCCGAGGAAUAUCGCAAGAUUGGGGAGAAGGCAAGUUUAUUAGAAAUGAAACGUGACAUUCAAAAUCAUUUGAAAGACAUUCCCCAACACUUCAUCUUCAAUUUUGGAGUUUUAGAUGUCCACCUCCAGCAAUUAAAUACACUCAAUUUUUAUAAGACAAAUGCAAAGACAGAGAAGUUCGACGAGUUGAGGAAUGCGGCGGUGAGAGAAAAUGAAUUGCCUAUUGAGAAUACCAUUUCGUUUAUACAGAAUCAAGUCAUGGUGUGUAUAUCGGGGGAUGGGAGGAGCGCCAAACCGUAUGUCAAGUUCGACACCGCGAAAAUGAAGAUGGCGUUGUAUUACAAAAAGGAGUUAAAUAGCUGUGAUGGAAUCUAUUCGAACAACUAUGGGACCAUUCUCGAAGAAGAGUUCAGUGCGUAUUUUAACACGGAGAUUUUGAAUUUCAUCAACACACAACGGAGUGAAAGGCAAUACGAGGGCGUUGCUGUGAUCCUCAUUAACGAGUUUUUUAAAAAAUGGUUGGAAGCGUUGAACGUCAUGUUAAAAAGUGAGAACGUUGAGGUUGUCUAUGUGAAAGAGGAGAUAGCGUAUUUCUGUGAGCCGGUGAGGAGGUUUGAGGAUUUAAUGAUCAAGGAAAUAACAGGCGUUUUAGUGCGGAAAGGGGUUGUAUUGAAGCGGAGUCAUUUCACCCCCGAGAAUUUCCCGAUGAUCAAAAAGAUCCUUCAGAACGAGCAAAUGGUGAGAACGAGUUAUGAGAAGUGUGGCUUUGUGUUGAACGAAAAGAUUGAAAUGGUAGAUGACACUACAAUGGCUGAGAUGUAUGCAAAAGACAUUAAAGAAUUGGUGAACCCAAUUGAAGUGAAAUUAAGAGCAAAGAAGUAUCAGGUGGAGAUCAAAUACGCUAAAAUGGUGUUUAGAGUCAUCUUUAUGAAAGUUCUGGAGAUGACCGAUUUCACUAAACUGGAAAAUGAAUAUGACUUGUAUGACUAUUUGUUUAAUAACAACCCAAUUUUGGUCGGAAGUAAUUUCGAAAUGUUCCUCGACGACGAUUCACCAAAAAGACUGACGGAACAACAAAUCGAAAAUCUUGACUUGAUUUGCGAGAAGCAGGAAAUGGAAAUUCAAGACGAUGAGUCCCACUCAGACGAUGUUGUUAUAUGUGAACGACCUGAAGGUGAAAUAAAAGAAACAGUUAUUAUGGAAAUCGAUAGUUCUGAUUGA